AUGGAUAAUUUACUGUCUGGUGUUGAACAGAGAUUCUGUGUUAGACAUCUUUACAGCAAUUUGAGAAAAAAAUGUGCUGGAAAGGUAAUCAAGGACCUUAUGUGGAAAGCUGCUAAGUCAAGCUAUCCACAAGCAUGGGAAAAAACCAUGAAAGAGCUGAGAGCAGUUAGUGAAGAGGCAUUGAACAACAUGUCAGAGACCUUCAACAGUGUCAUUGUUGGACCAAGGGAAAAGCCUUUUGUGACUAUGAUGGAAGAGAUUAAAGGUUAUCUAAUGGAGAGGUGGGCUAGAAACAGAGACAAAUUUUCAAAUCUUGAGCCUGGUGCUGUUUUGCCAAACAUAACUAAGAAGCUUCUGCCAUCUGGAUUUCAAAUAUACUCUGUGUAUAGAAUACACCAGACUAAAGAGAAGUACACAGUUAACUUGCAGACCAAAUUCUGUUCAUGCAGGAGAUGGAUGUUAUCCGGUAUAACUUGUUGUCAUGCAAUUACUUGUUUCAAUGAAAGAACCGAGGACCCUGCAAGUGCCAUACCAGAUAUUUUUAGAAAAGAAGCAUAUGUCCAGUGUUAUCAGCCUGUCAUAUACCCAACAAAUGGACAAAAUUUAUGGGAAGAAACACCUUACCCGGACAUUUUACCACCUCCGAUAAAAAAGAUGCCAGGGAGGCCAAAGAAAUCAAGAAAUAGGGCAACUGAUGAAAAGAGGACGGAAGGCCAAAGAAAUAGGAAUCCUUCACUCGUUAGCAGGAAAGGCAAGGCAAAUAAGUGUAGUAUAUGCAAAAAAUCUGGCCAUAAAAAGGGAUCAUGCAAAGAAAAACAUCUACAACCUCAAACUUCUGCUCAUCCUGCAACUUCAUCUCAGCCAACAAAAACAUCUACAAGAUCAAACAAAAAGGUCAAGUUAGAUUUAUGCCUAAGUUAG